UUUACAUGGUGGUGGUGUGCUUUGUGUUGCAGAGAAAUAGCUUUUCCAAAACCCACAAACAUACAUUUGUCACUGGAAAUCACAUCUGGGAUUUAUUCUGAUGGUCAAAGGGUGGAAGCUAUCUCUAGGACCUAGUAUAUCUGCCUCGCUCGUCUUCCUCACUUUUGUCAGUGGCUCGAGCCACGCGGAAUUGGGCGCGCGGGUGCAUCCGUUACAGGUGAAAGGCGGGAGCCAAUAUCGAAUAUAAUUGUGAACCACGGCACUUGGAUACAGAUGGACAGACCUACAUUCGGUAUUUUGGAUUUUUUAGGGUUUGGAAUAUAAUCAUAAUCUUUACGCGCACUCCGGGUGCAUUGCCAAAUCUCCGUGGUGUAAUUUAGAUAAUGCACAGAGCUCUUGGGCGCAACUUUACAGCUGAGUUCUCAGAAAGAAAAUCAAAGGGGGAUACCUUGCGCUAGUCAGGUAGCCUAGCUGUCAACCGCCUCAUUGUUUUGCUGCGACUAAGUGACAGUUGCCUUGAAGGUUUGGAUUUCAGCAAUGAUCAAGCGAUUGGAUUUAUCACAUUAUCUAGCGGUGUUCUUCUCUAUGAUGGUACUGUGGCAGUCAAGAUCAAGAGUGGAAUCAUCGGCAUAUGCCUCAGAAGCCUUCAAAAACAAUAUCACUCUGUUCACCCGGAUCUUGGACAGCCUUCUGGAUGGCUAUGACAACCGAUUACGACCUGGACUUGGCGAUCGGGUGACAGAGGUGAAGACUGAUAUUUAUGUCACAAGUUUCGGUCCAGUGUCAGACACAGACAUGGAAUACACUGUGGACGUGUUCUUCCGUCAGAGCUGGAUUGACGAGCGGCUGAAGUUCAAUGGGCCGAUGAAUAUCCUGCGGCUGAACAACCUGAUGGCCAGUAAAAUCUGGACGCCAGAUACCUUCUUCCACAAUGGGAAGAAAUCUGUCGCUCACAACAUGACCAUGCCCAACAAACUGCUCCGGAUCAUGGAGGAUGGAACACUGCUGUACACUAUGAGGUUAACGGUCCAGGCGGAAUGUCCCAUGCACCUCGAAGACUUCCCUAUGGAUUCCCACUCCUGUCCACUGAAGUUUGGCAGUUAUGCUUACACAAUGGCUGAAGUGACGUACAUUUGGACUCGAAACGCAUCAGCGUCAGUAGAGGUAGCAGGAGAUGGAUCCAGACUGAACCAGUAUCACCUUCAGGGACAAACUGUGGGGACAGAGACCAUUAAAUCAAGCACAGGUGAGUACACCGUCAUGACAGCCCACUUCCACCUAAAGAGGAAGAUUGGCUACUUUGUGAUCCAGACUUACCUGCCCUGCAUCAUGACCGUCAUCCUCUCCCAGGUCUCCUUCUGGCUCAACCGAGAGUCUGUACCCGCCAGAACUGUAUUUGGUGUGACCACUGUGCUCACUAUGACGACUCUCAGUAUCAGUGCCCGUAACUCUCUGCCGAAGGUGGCCUACGCCACGGCCAUGGAUUGGUUCAUCGCGGUAUGCUACGCCUUUGUGUUCUCUGCCCUCAUCGAGUUUGCUACUGUCAACUACUUCACUAAAAGAGGCUGGGCCUGGGACGGCAAAAGUGUGGUCAACGUCAAGAAGAAGGAGGCAUCCGUCACGAAGAAGAACAAUGCCUACGCUGUUGCCGUGGCAAACUACGCUCCAAACAUCAUCAAGGACCAAGGUGGUAUGCCCACCAUCUCCAAGAGUGCCACCUCUGACCCCAACAAGGCCAAGCCAGAGGUCAAGCCCGAGCAGAACAAGAAGACCUUCAACAGCGUCAGCAAAAUCGACCGUAUGUCCCGGAUUAUGUUCCCUGUGCUCUUCAGCGGUUUUAACCUGGUCUACUGGGCCACCUACCUGAACAGAGAACCAGUCAUAAAGGACAUGGUCCCGUCCAAAUGAAUACAAAAUAUUCACUUUGCAAUGAGACAGGAUUCACUUUACACAGCUGACCCAGGACUGAUGAUCUGUGUGCUUUUAUGUGUGUGAGUUUGGUUACAUGGAGCCGUGGCAUGCACUGGAGUCAAUAUGGCUGCUUUCUUUUGUAGGCGCAUUCAUUACGAGGAGAUACCUAGGUAAAUGAUUACUAACUUCUAGUUGAAUUGUAAUUUGUUUGAAAGAUUAUACUUGUAAAGAGGUUAACAUUUAACGAUUGUUUGUUUAUAGUGAUGUAAGGAUCUUAUACUUACAUAAAUAAAGAAAUCACUGGUG